AAAGUGUCGUGAACGUGCUGCCGCGGAUCAGAGUCACCCAGUCGGCUGGAGGCGGAGGUGUCUUUCCAGGGGUGUGCGUUUGGGGGCCGGGGUAAAGACUAUUCACAAAAACCUAUAAAACAAGAUAAAUUAUACUCCCUAAAUUAAAAAAAGGCAAGAUCCAUGAGUGGGCAUCGGUCAACAAGGAGACGAUGUGGAGAUUCUCACCCGGAGUCCCCUCUGGGCUUCGGGCAUAUGAGUACUCCAGGGUGUGUAUUAAAUAAAUUGUUUCAGUUACCUACACCACCAUUGUCAAGACACCAACUUAAGCGGCUAGAAGAACACAGGUAUCAGAGUGCUGGACGGUCCCUGCUUGAGCCCUUAAUGCAAGGGUAUUGGGAAUGGCUAGUUGGAAGAGUUCCCUCCUGGAUUGCCCCAAAUCUCAUCACGAUCAUUGGAUUGUCAAUAAACAUCUGUACAACUGUUUUAUUAGUCUUCUACUGUCCUACAGCUACAGAGCAGGCACCUCUGUGGGCGUAUAUUGCUUGUGCAUGUGGCCUUUUCAUUUACCAGUCUUUGGAUGCUAUAGAUGGGAAACAAGCAAGAAGAACCAAUAGCAGUUCUCCUUUGGGAGAACUUUUUGAUCAUGGGUGUGAUUCACUAUCAACAGUUUUCGUGGUUCUUGGAACUUGUAUUGCAGUGCAACUAGGGACAAACCCUGACUGGAUGUUUUUUUGUUGUUUUGCUGGGACAUUCAUGUUCUAUUGUGCACAUUGGCAAACAUAUGUUUCUGGAACAUUGCGAUUUGGAAUAAUUGAUGUGACUGAAGUGCAAAUCUUCAUAAUAAUCAUGCAUUUGCUGGCAGUGAUUGGAGGACCACCUUUUUGGCAAUCUAUGAUUCCAGUGCUGAAUAUUCAAAUGAAAAUUUUUCCUGCGCUUUGUACUGUAGCAGGGACCAUAUUUUCCUGUACAAAUUACUUCCGUGUAAUCUUCACAGGUGGUGUUGGAAAAAAUGGAUCAACGAUAGCAGGAACAAGUGUCCUUUCUCCUUUUCUCCAUAUUGGAUCAGUAAUUACAUUAGCUGCAAUGAUCUACAAGAAAUCAGCAGUUCAGCUUUUUGAAAAGCAUCCCUGUCUUUAUAUAUUGACAUUUGGUUUUGUAUCUGCCAAAAUCACCAAUAAGCUUGUGGUGGCACACAUGACUAAAAGUGAAAUGCAUUUGCAUGACACAGCAUUCAUAGGUCCAGCACUUUUGUUUCUGGACCAAUAUUUUAACAGCUUUAUUGAUGAAUAUAUUGUACUUUGGAUAGCCCUGGUCUUCUCUUUCUUUGAUUUGAUUCGUUACUGUGUCAGUGUUUGCAAUCAGAUUGCGUCUCACCUGCACAUACAUGUCUUCAGAAUCAAGGUCUCUACAGCUCAUUCUAAUCAUCAUUAAUGAUGUAAUUGAUGUUAUAGGAAACUCAUGUUUUCUGCCCGAAAGAAUCUGAACAUAUUAAGGAGAAUGGGGUGAUUAAGAACAAAUAUAAUUUAUAAUAACCAAUGUUAUAUAUAACUUUUAUUCUUUGUUAUUGGUAACACUCCUUAACUAUCCCUGUGUGAGAAUGGGAAUUUCAAGUUCCAUCCCGUAAAUUGUACACGUUGUCAAACAGGGUUGGCCCAAGAAAGCAUGCAAGAAAAAAAUGCCAUGUGUUUGUAAUUAUCCUGGAUUCAUAGUAAAAUUGUCAUGGGGAGCAGAUCCCCAGUGGUGGAGAUUUCUAAUGUAGAAUAUUUGCAGGCCAAAAGAUGGUUGCUUUAUAAUUUUAACAAAUCAUCAUCUUUUAGUGACGUCCUUGUUUAGUAUCUUCUCAAGCUUUCUUUACUGAGGAGCUCAGCUUGUGGCACAGAUAUAUCUUGUGAGGUGGAACCUAGUGAUAAAGAUCUUGAAUUUGGAUUGAAAGGUUUCCUAUCUUUACAUUAUUGAGGAAGUCAUUUUUUUUAUUGCUCAAGAAAUGGUAUCUCAUGGGCUUGGGAAAUCCUGUUAGCAUGCAUAAUAAUGUGGUAACUUUGUCGAUCCAUUUUAUUUUUUUAAAUAAAUAUAUGAUCUGAAAGCCAGUCUUCUUCUCAGUUUUAUUCAGUGGAAAGAUAAACUAAGUUUUAAUGUCGUUUUUAAAAUUUUUAAGCAAAAUUUAUCUCUAUUCUUUAAUAAAUUAGGAAAUUCAGUCAGCUACAUCAUCAUUAUGUGUCCUGUGACCUUUCUAUUUUGUAUAAAACUGUUUAACUUAAAACACAGGAGUGCUAUGUUCAUUUUCCCUCUUGGUAGAUUUUUUUGGUUGUGGUUGUCACCCGUGAGAUUAUAAAUCUUUUUUUCCCUUUGAGAACACAGAAUCAUAAUCUUAAAAGUCCAAAGGGGUUUAAUAGUCACCUGGUCUAGGAAUCUCAAACCCUUCCCCCAGAUUUUUAGUUAGAGAGGCUUGGGCCUCUCUAGGCAAUUACUGAAAAUGUGCACUUUCCUUUUCUGGCUACUCAGUAUCUGUACAACAGUUUGAAAUGAAAACCAGGUGUCCUCAGUAACUAUAAACCAGAUCUGUUUCCAUUGUAUAUAGUUCAGUUGCUUGAAUGAAGAGGGAGACAAGCGGAAAGGUUUAAGCUAUUGACUAAAAUGAGGUAUCUUAUUAUUGAUUUUUAUUUAUAUCCUGUUUCCGUAAUCAUGGAUACACAAUAGCUGUGCUGCCUUGCCUGGCAACCAGAACUCUUCCUUACACUUUUAAUGAUUUCAUCAAUUCCAUGUAAUCUUGAUUAGCGAUGACUGUGAAACCUUUCAUUUCUUUGCUAGAAUGUAGCAGGAAGGGGAAGUUUCUCACUGCCUUUGCUUGCUAGCAACUUCUCCAGCAUCUGGGGUAGAGAAGUACAUACAGGAAAAUGCUAGGGCGGAUCAAAUGUUGCAAGCUAGGACAAAGGAAAAAGAAGGAGGGGUAAUUAACUAAAGUUACAUCAUUGUCUUAUUAUAUUAGAUAGACAGAGCAAAUGUUAAUUACCUACAGUGGAAAUUGAGGUCUGGAGAAGCUAAAUGGCAUACCAGUGUCACAACAGUUACUCCUCUUCCAAAUGGGGACUAGAAUCCAGAUCUUCUGAAUCCUAAUCCAUUGUUCUCUCCUACACCACACUAGGUUUUAGUGGGCUGAAGCUACAAACUGAGAUUCUAGAAUCUUUUUCAGUGUAAAGGAAGUCUGGAAGACGUUCAGGUAUUUGGUGUGUGUUUCCUUCAGCUCUCGAUAACCAUCCGCAUCAUAUCAAGGGUACGUUUAUAGUAAACCUCAGCUGGUCCUAAUUCUUCUUGUGAUCAUAUUAUAUAUGAUUUUGAUACCUAACCAGGUAUCAAAAUCAUCUGAAGAAUUUAAAAAAAUACAGGUUCCCAGGUCCUAUCUCUAGAGAUAUUUGGUAGGUUUGAGAUGGGGCCUUGUAUUUUCAUAAGCUCCCCAGGAUUCCAGUCCUUGUUAAACCUUUUGAGUUACAACUAGGCUUAGGAACCACUGCCAUAAACUACCUAAAAAGGUGCAAUAACUCUUGGAAGCUGUGAAGAGUAGCAACAUAGUUAGGGGUGGCAUGUGGACGGUAGAACAUGUGCCACCUGCAGUAGGUCUCUGUGACCCUAAAAUAAAAUUAUAUUGGCUUUAACUUCAAUUUGGUAACCUUAGUCCCCAUCCUACCCUCCAACAACAUUUGUGUUCUUUGAACAGAAUGCAGGGGCCUCUGAGAGCCACACGUACACACGUUAAAAAGAUGGAAUUUUUGAAAAACAAGAUGCUUCUAAGUUUCCCAUCCCUUACAGUGUUUAAACAGAAACCGUCCGUAGAGAUACACAGGGAAGAUGGACCCGGUGACUACUAAACUUGUUUCAACUUCUAAGAUUUUGAUUCUCUUUUCUCAAAGAGAAAAAACGUCAAUGCGGGGAUCCCUCUACCUUUAGCUAAAGAGUUGAACUGAGCUUCUCAAAAUAUUGAAGUUGGAAGUAGGAUGUCUAAAAUGGAAAGUUCCAAACUGGAAGUGAUGGGCAGACAGACCUAUUGAUAGAAACAAUGUAGUGUUCUUCACUGGCUUCUGUCAGCUGAAAUUCCUACCCUCAAGUUACUUGACUGCAAAUGCUUCACUCUGGCUAGCAGCCUGUCCUUCUAGGAUUCUGGAAAGCACACCGAACUAGAACCAAGAACUGCUGCCUUGUCCCCAGUGCUGUUGCUGCUUUUACCAGUAUCCCUCACCCUUCCUAUUAGAAGGCUCUGCUGACCCCUGUAAUUCUACC